GGCUUGCCUGACUUGUUAUGACGUAUGACGUUCUGUUUCUGUUGAAUGUCCAUUUUACAAAUUCGCCAAUUCGCAUUCAUUGCGCACGCGAUUUUGAACCGACACGGUUGUUUGCAAGCAAAACAUUAUUUACUUUUUAAACAUGCCUUCGUGCCAUUGCCAAGUGUAAAUUUACUAUUAUUUGAGUGUAAAGUAUUGUUGUGAUCAAAUAUCCAAAAUGAGUGCCAAAAAAGAAACAAAAGUUUUUGAAGACAAAAACACUGAUUCAGGCUAUCUGUCUGGAGUAAUUAGUAGUGAACAGCUGUCGGGAGAAAUAGAUGUCGGGGCCGUUUGUGAUAGUGAAAAUGUGUGUCAGUUUUCGGAGGAACAAAUAGACAGUGGUUUAGACUUAUCAGAAUGUCUUUCUAAUGUUAAGAUUAGUGAUACGGACACGCAGGUGCCGAGGAUUAAAGUGGAACCUACAAGAAGCCUGGACUACCCACCUUACCAAAUACUUUUCCAGCAGGACGACGAUGGGGACACGCAACUGCACAUUGCAUCAGUCCACGGCUGCGAGAAAUCAGUUGGUACUCUCAUCAGAGUCUGUCCAGAGAAAUCCUGGCUUGAUGUGGCCAAUGAUUAUGGACACACAGCAUUACAUUUAGCAGUUAUGAGUGGGAAUGCAGUAGUAACGAGGAUGUUGGUGAUUGCGGGGGCAUCGCUGGCACUCAGAGACUUCAAUGGAGAGACACCACUGCACCAUGCCGUGGCUGCUAACAACAAAGACUGCAUCCAAGCCUUGCUGGCGCCCGUGCAGGACCAGCCACAUCAUAAGUUGUCCACUGUCCUCAAUCAGAAAAACUAUAAUGGGCAGAUGUGCGUGCACGUAGCAGCCGCUGCGGGACACGUGGAGACGCUCAACACGCUCGCAUACUACGGCGCAGACCUCAACGCUGCGGAGGGUCUGGCGGGAUGGACGGCAUUGCACAUCGCGGCGCGGCGCGGGGACGCGCGUCUGUGCAGCGCGCUGUUGCAGCGCGGCGCCUCGGCCCGUGCGCGCAGCAUGGCCGGCCGCACGCCGCGCUCCAUGGCCGCCCGCACCGCCGCGCGACACGCCUUCUCCGCGCUCUCCGAAGACACCGACACCGACACCGACUCGGAGGAUGACGAAGACGAUAUGUUUGACAGCGACACGGAGAGUCUAUUUGAAAAGUUGAAGGAAAGCGCGAACUUCAUCAACGUCGCAUAAGCCCUCUCCCCGCCACCCCCACCGCCCCGCGCCUCACUACAGAUAUACACAUAUAUAUCAUUGUAUUAUUUAUAUAUAUAUAGUUAGUCUACCACUACAUACGUUAGCAAAUUUAUGUAAAUAUCUAAAAAUGUGCUCCUUGUAGCCAUCGAUUGUUUAAAAGUUAGUGAAACUAACUUUGACCUGUUAUGAUAAGUUAGGCUUGUGUCGCAGUCGCAGUCGCAGUAUCGCGUAGUGUCAUCAUGUAGUCGGAGGCGAGUGGGAGCUCGCUGUCAACUCCGCCGCAGAAAGGUUACGUGAUAACGCGGGGUCACCAGAUAACAGCUGGCAAAUAUACGACGCAUUAACUUUGCUUAUAAAUCAAGUUAUUUUCGUUGUUUAAAUUAUAUAUCUCUUUAUAUAUCAUUAUUCAUAACUGUUUUAUAUGAUAAAUAUAUAACAAGAACUAAUUCAGUGUAUUUACGCGCGAAUGUCGGCCUGUCGUGACAGCUGACAGCGCCCGCCGCCAUUCACGUCAGCUGUCAGCUGUCACUGAUAACAUUGUCGAUGGUUUGCUGGACGAAGCCGCGGGGAAAUGGGCCACGUUAUCAUCUAAACUAAUGCCCUUUAUCAACAGUUAAAUAUAUUUAUAAAAUAAAACAUAUGUAUAUUAUAUUAUUACUCAUUUAUGUUAGGUUUUUUAUUACCCGUGUGGUGAAAUGUGACACUUGAGCUGUGCAGUGAGAGACUGUCGUGUUUAUCCCGGUGAAAUAACAUUUUCAUCGUUGGUAUAAACUUUGUCAGACAAAUGGCGGCUUUGCCCUAACUUUGUAAGGAAAGCGGCGGCUAAGGCCCCAUGUUGUCGAACUGUUUCUAUUCUCUUAUGGAGUCGUAGAAGUGAGUUACUCAUUUUGUUAUGUAAUCUGUGCGAUUUCACUCACCAGUACCGCCGAAAAGAAAUGUCUUAGUCGUGUGCCGGCACAGCGCACACCUUAGUAUCUAGUACUUCUGUUAAAUUCUAUAGUUUUGUAUUUUGUAAAACUGCCUCUAACUAGUUGGAUAAUUUUAUGAAAAACAAAAUUUGUAAAUAAAUCAAAUUAUUUGGAAUUUGUUAAAUAUUAUAAGAAAUAAAAAGUGUAUUAUUGUGCAGUUUUAGUCGAAUUUAUUUAUAUGUAUCGCCUGCCUACAUCGCUAAGGAAAUAUGUAUCUUUUAUUUUAUGUAAUAUGGUUUUUUGACAUACAAUAUAAAUAGAUAUUUUUA